AUGGAUCCUUGUCUAAGGGGGAGAAUAUUGCCAACUUGUUUGGAAGCCUUUGUGGAGAUUGCAGAUCGAUGCAUCCUUAAAUGUCCAAAAGCUCGCCCAACUAUGGCUGAAGUAGUGGCUAGACUCGAGUAUGCCUUUGCAUUACAAAAGGGGAUUGAGAUUGACACUUCUGCAGUUGAUAGGAACAACCCCACCACCACUGACAUAUACAAUAAUAGUAGUGAAGAUGCUGUGAUUUCUUCUGAAGUGCAGGAAGUCAUCAGUCAUAGGUAUUCUUCUACCCACCUGGAGGUUACCACUGCAGACAAUGGUUCUUCACUUCACAGUGAGCUGAUGAAUAGGGAUAGUCCAUCUGCUAGUGUAAGUCGCAUGCAAAAGUUUAUUGGACAAACAAAAAAGAAGAGAAUUGUUAGAAAGAUCUGGUCAAUCUUCUCAGCAAAACCAAGAGCCAACCCAGGUGGUGGAUUAAGUUCAGAAUCCUCUGUUUUGCUCGAUGACAUUCAUGGAGGCAAUAUAGAAGCUUCGCGAUUUGAACUUGACAUCAUAAAAUCUGCAACUCAAAAUUUCUCUGAAGACAACAAAAUUAGGCAAUGUGCAACUAGUUCCAUGUACAAGGGUAGGCUACAAAAUGGACAAGGAAUUGCAGUUAAGAGAUUUCAUACGUAUUCUCAACAAGUGCUCAGAGAAUAUAAAAACGAGAUUCAAUUACUGGCAAAGCUUGAACAUGAUAAUGUGGUUCAACUGCUUGGAUAUUGUGUGGAAGGAACACAUGUGGUUCUUGUUUAUGGUUUGGCUGUGUACACAAGUCUUGACCUCUUGAUAUAUGAUUUUUCAAGUCGUGUUCUUUUGGACUGGAAUAGACGACACCAGAUAAUACUAGGUGUUGCAUUUGGACUUCGCUACAUUCAUAGCCAUGCUUCUUUCCAGAUUGUACAUUGUGAUGUGCAAUCUGCUAACAUUCUUUUGGAAGAAAGUUUGAAUCCCAAACUAUCAGAUUUUGGGCUUGCAACAACUCAUGCAAACAAUGAGACUGAGAUGCAUGUUGCAAAAGACAUUAUGAGGAACAGGGAAUGCUCCCCUACAGCCGAUGUCUUCAGAUUUGGUUUGUUGAUUCUGGAAAUUAUAAGAGGCCAGAGAAGUGAUGAAGACUUCAUUCAUUAUGUGAGUAUCACCAUGGAUAAUGAGAUUUUAGCAACUUAG